CUUGUAUAUCAUAGAAGGGCCAGCGUUAAGGCAGGGCCAUAGUAAGAUUUUUAUUGUGUUAAAAACUAAAUAAAGUUUAAUUUGGGCAUUAUGAAAUGAAUAUUUGUAAUAUUCACUAUAGCGCUGACAUAAAUAAUAAUGCACCAUUUUUAAUACAGGAAAUUAAAGAUAUCGUCAAUAACUUAGAAGAUAUAGUAAAGAAAUUCGAGAUAUGCUUUCAAGAUAUGAAAAGCAUCAAAAAGCAUGUACUGCUAAUGGAGAAAUUAAAAGUUUUUAAAAAUAUGCUGCGAAAACUUAUCCUUCAGGUGUGUUAUAUGUUACAAGGAUUUAUUACAAAUAUGGCCUAUUUAUAUAUGACCCAAGGAGAAGAAAAUUUAAUAUUAAUUUUAAGAUUAUCAACAGCGCACAAUAACUUAAUAAAACUGAAUACUACCUACAGCCUAUCGACGGGAUGUAAUAAAGUAUUCAACAACACUUGUCCAUACAUCAUGUUUCCCAACAAAGAGAUCUCUGUUACAAGAAUAUUAAAACUUUUAUCCGUACAUAGAGCUGAGGAUUGCUGUCACAAAUUAAUAGACUGUCUUCUGGAAACAUAUAGAAUGAGUGAUUCUCAUAAUUCGGAAGAUGGAAGUAGUUCUGAGGAUUCGAGCAUAGAAAUAUAUAUGGCUUUAACUAAACACUUAACGCCUCCAUUGGAAAAUUUAAGCCAGAGUUUGACCAAUAAGGAAAAAUCAACAAUUAAUGAUGAUGAAAGCGUAGGUCGCUUCGCUAAUAUCGAAAAAUUGAUUUCUUUCGAAGAACAAUAUGCCAUUAAUCUUCUACAGGUCACCCAAAAGACAGCACCUGCCCUGCUGGACAGUGCGUUGCCCAAAUGCAGUAAAGUUGGCAAUCCUAAACUCAUCACAAGAGUUACUGCUCAAGCUCUUGAGUACUACGAACAAAUAUUAUGGGCCGAAGUUGGCAAUUAUUUAGAACACGUCAUUUUAUGGUGGGCUACCUGCCCGUUAUAUGCUAGACCUCCUAGAUCCGCCCAACAUCUCAGAGAAUGGAUAAAUAAUCUUGUUUCCACUGCUAGCAUUCCUUCAGUGAUUCUCUCCGCAUUAACUAGUCUAGCAGAUGCACUUGGCCUUCACGUAGCUCUAACACUUUGGGACCAGAAUUUUCGAGAAGUACUUAUAACGACUAAGUCUACGUAUAACUCACAUACCGGACAGUCAAUUUUUAAUUUAUUACAAGAACUUGUGGUGUUAAGUAAUUUAUGUGAGGUAACAACCGAUUGGAUCAUUGGCGCUCCUUUAGACGAACUUCCAUUGGUAGAACAAAUACCAGUUUUACAUAGAUUAGAUCACAGCAUUCACACGACCAGGUUAUGGGUAAUCAAUGAAUGUAGGAGUCUGGCAAAUAAUUGGAGUGUAAAAGAAUUUUUUGAGAUCACUCACGUAAACACUGUGAAUUUUUUGAGCGUGCUCACGGAUUUAAGACUUAACGACCACUCAAUGGACUUUACCAAGAAAGGAUUAGAUGUUCAAAUAAAAAUGUGUGCUUUGAUGAGAGCAAAACUAAAAUCAGAAGUUAAAGUAAAUAUUGAAAAAUUAAAGGAAACUCCUGAUAAAUGCGUCGACUGUUUGGCAUCAAUUUGCAAAAUAAUAAACUUAGCCAAUCUACAAAUGGUAUUUCCGAAUAAAUUAUCUUGGAAACUGGAACAAGACUAUGAGAUUGCUUUUGUACCUAACAACUAUGUUAAGAUUUACCUAGAUAAAAUGUUAUUACCCGUUAUAAAAUCUACAGAUAACGACUCAAUCUGUAAUAUGGUCUUAACUUUAAUAUGCGAAUCCUGGCUGGAUCACAUUUAUAACAACAAAAUUAAAUUUUCUCCAUGGGGCGCCUUGCAGCUUCUCUGCGAUUUCGGAUACGUUACCAUAUGGAUUCAGGAUUGCGACUGUAUGACUGAUCAAAUGAAAAAACAACUCCUGAAAAAUGAGGUAUUGCGAAGGUGUGAAGGUGUUGGCAAAUUGUUACUUAGAAGACCUGGAGAGAGAUUGAAGAUGACAGCUCAAAAUAUGCGAGCAAGUGAAGACGAUAAUAACCAACACCAUCAAAUGCCUGCUGAAAUGUACGUACCGAAUCAAGAACAAUGGUUGGAGUUGAGGGCUGUAAGACCAAAAUCCGGAUGGAAUCCUUUAUGUAAAUAGUAGAGGACCUUAUGUUUGGUACUGAUUGCAUAUAAGGUCAAGUGCAUGUUAGUACUAAGAUUCUAUUGUAGUCUGUAGGUCAGUGGGGGCUCUAAGUUAUAAAUAUGAAAGGCCUUCACAGCACCAAAGAAUUUUUAUUAGUCUAAUCUCAUUACUUAUUUCCACCAAAAAACAAACAAAGAAAAUAGCAUCUACAUAAAUAUUAUUACUGCAUCUACAUACUCAAUCGCCUCACGAUUAAAUUGUGUCUACUAUUUUCAAUAGA